CGGUUUAAUUAAAAGUAAAAAUAAAGUUUUAAAGUUGUAGAUAUAAAUGGGGUAUACGUUCGCAAUAGCUUCAUUUACCAAGUUAUUUGUAUUUUUUAUUUGUUUGCCUUUUGUUUUAAAUGAUCCUCAAUGUGAAUCCGAACUGUAUGAUCACAAUAAAGAUACUUUAUUAAAUGUUAGCUUUAAAAUAAAGAAAGCACCAAAUGAAUAUCUAGUUAUAUUCAAACAUUAUUAUUGGAAAAACACAAGGGAAAAAUACAUUCGUGCAACUUUAAGCAAUCAAAAUAUUACAGACUGGAAAGUGGUAUUGCGCCCAAAUCUGUCAUAUUUACAUCCUAGUGAUUUUGAUGUGGUACAUUCAACUGAAGAUAUUGCAGAAAAACUGCAGCUACACCCAGCAAUUAAACACAUAAGUUUUCAGUCUCGCAUUAAAAGGACACUUUCGUAUACAACAAUAGACAAUUCGUCAAAAUUGUUUUACAAAAGCAACACAAUGCAUAUGAAGCAAAAUUUGUUUAAGGCUUUACCAAUGGAUCUGUCGGAUACACUCAAAGCUGAUGUUUUAUGGAAUCGCGGUAUUACUGGAGAAGGAAUAAAAGUUGCUGUUUUCGAUACAGGCUUAGCUAAGAAACAUCCUCAUUUUCGAAAUAUUAAAGAGCGAACCAACUGGACAAAUGAAAAAACGUUGGAUGAUGGUGUCAGUCAUGGAACUUUUGUUUCUGGCAUAAUAGCUUCUUCAAAGGAGUGUCUUGGUAUAGCCCCAGAUGUAGAACUUCAUAUUUUCAGGGUAUUUACAAAUAACCAGGUAUCAUAUACUUCAUGGUUCCUUGAUGCUUUUAACUACGCAAUGUUUAGAAAAAUCAACGUAUUAAACUUAAGCAUUGGUGGACCUGAUUUCAUGGAUAAACCUUUUGUAGAUAAAGUGUUAGAAUUGUCAGCAAAUAGAGUAAUAAUGGUAUCAGCGAUUGGCAAUGAUGGUCCACUUUAUGGAACUCUAAAUAAUCCCGCAGAUCAAAGCGACGUAAUAGGUGUUGGUGGAAUAACCUCAGAUGAAAUUGUUGCAAAAUUUAGUUCUCGAGGUAUGACAACUUGGGAAUUACCAUUGGGUUAUGGGCGACUUAAACCUGACAUUGUUACAUACGGAAGCCAAGUUAAAGGAAGCAAUUUGGAAGGUGGCUGUAGAUCACUAUCAGGAACAUCAGUUGCUUCCCCAGUGGUGGCUGGAGCUGUUGCCCUUCUUUUGAGUGGAGCUUCAAACAAAUCCGACGUUAUUAACCCCUCGUCUGUAAAGCAAAUUAUUAUAGAAGGAGCAACAAAAUUGAAACAUAAUAAUAUGUUUGAACAGGGCUAUGGGAAACUGAACAUUUUAAAAAGUAUGGAACUCCUACUUUCGUAUGAACCAAAAAUUACACUGAGCCCACCGUAUGUUGACUAUAGCGAACCAUAUAUGUGGCCCUACAGCUCACAGCCAAUGUAUUGUGGAAGCAUGCCAUCGAUUGUAAAUAUAACGAUUUUAAAUGGAAUAUCUGUAAGAGGAAUAAUUUUGAGUAAACCAAUAUGGCAUCCAUAUAUUGACAAGCAUGGAGAAUUCAUUAAUGUUAACAUCACAUUCUCACCAGUAUUAUGGCCUUGGACUGGGUGGAUGGCUAUUAAAAUAUUUAUUAAUGAUAAAGCCUGUUCGUAUGAAGGUGGAUCUAAAGGCCAUAUAAGCAUUGACAUUCAAAAUCCGCAACUUGAUGACACGUUUUAUAACACGUCAAUUAUUUUUCCAAUUUCCGUAAAAAUUGUCCCUAAACCUCCUAGACAUAAACUAAUAUUAUGGGAUCAAUUUCACAACUUACAAUAUCCACCUGGUUAUAUUCCACGAGAUAAUCUCCGAAUUAAAUCAGACCCAUUGGAUUGGAGAAGCGACCAUAUACACACAAAUUUUCGUGAUAUGUAUCACCACCUUAGAAAUCUUGGCUAUUAUAUAGAUACACUUGGAAUGCCUUAUACAUGCUUUAAUGGAUCAAAUUAUGGAACUUUGUUAAUAGUUGACCCAGAAGAAGAAUUUUUCGAUGAAGAAAUUUACAAAUUACAGAAAGAUGUUUUUGACUAUGGUCUCGGUGUUAUUAUUUUUGGCGAUUGGUACAACUCAUCCGUAAUGAGUAAAAUGAAAUUUUUUGACGAAAAUACAAGAGAAUGGUGGAUUCCAGAUACAGGAGGAUCAAAUAUUCCAGCACUUAACGACCUACUUCAGGGAUUUGGAAUAUCAUUGACUGACAAUGUUGUUGAAGGAUAUUUUCGACUUGGGGAACAUAAUAUGUAUUACGCCAGCGGGUCAACCCUAGGAUUGUUUCCUAAACACCACGACAAUAUUGUAAUAUCUGCAAACCUAAAUGAUCAGGGAGCCGAGAUAAUAAAUAAUGUACCCAACGAAUCAACCAAUAGAAGAAAGAUAACAUAUCCAAUAAUAGGAUUAUUUCAAAUGCAACAAAUGGAUAGGAAACAUAUAUCAAUUCCCAGAACAUUUGGAGUGAUUAAUAACGGAAAUGAUUUUUUUGAUACGAGUAAUAUUAAUGUUACAAAUCCAAUUCUAAACAAAAGAGUACUACUUCAGUCAAAUUUGGAGUCUAUUGUUGAAACAAGUGAUAAAAACAUAAAUUCCAAAAAUAUUCCAAAAACCUUGCAAAGAGGAAAUAAAUUGGGCCGCAUAGUGCUAAUGGGUGAUUCAAAUUGUAUAGAUUCUACAUUUACAGACAAAUAUUGCCUUUGGUUACUUAAAGCUUUUUUAGAGUACACAAUGAAUUCCUACAAAUCAUCAUUACUUAAGCAAUUAAAUAGUGUUACCCAGUACUCAAAUAUUGAAACUCAUACAACUUUUCCUAGAAGAGUCAUAAGUUCUAGAUUGUAUAAAUUUUCGAAGGUUGUAAACCCCAACAAUAAUUUAAAAAAGAAACGUCUGCAGUCAUGUGAAAAACUUACUUAUAAUAAGCAUAUUUACAUGAAUUCAUCCGAAAUUCUACUAAAUUGAGAAUGUUAUGUGUACUUAUAUCAGUGAUGUUCAAAAGUUUAGAUUUAGAAUUUUUGUCAAAUAAAACCAAUUUAUUAAAGAAUGAAAUUUAAAUUUUAAGGAAAUGAAAAAAUAUACAUUGUAAGUCCGGAAUUCUCUUAAAUUUUGUGUUUAUUUUUGACUUUUUGUUAAAUUUUAAUUGAAACGCAUGUGUUUGCUAUGCUUCGAACAAAAACAACCAACAACAAUGCUUAAUAAAUUUCUGAAAAAAAAUUACGAUAGUCCGCCACAUGUGUUUUCUUCGCAUGCUCAGCGAUGAAUGAACAAAAGUAUUUAAAAGAGCAUAACAAAUGUGUGUAAAUUUUUCAAACAAUUGUUGUAUGGCGUGAAUAUCUCUGACUUAUAUACAGGGUUUAAAAUUUAGUUAAGCGUUUUUUACAUUUAACUACCGACUACUCAAUAAAUAUGAAUUGUUUUCGUAUUAAUGUGCACAAAUACUGAAAAUAUACCAACUAUAAACCAAUGCCAAAUAUGCACAAGCUUCAUGGUAGAAAUAUUUGUCGCAGUUUUUUAAAAAAAAUAUUUUGCCUUACAAAAUAUUUUACGUUGCAGUUAGAAGAUAAAAUGAAAAUUUUUCUUUUUUAAAACAUUUGCUGCCGAAUUAUAUUUUUUUUGGUCAGCAAAAACAAAUGAAAUUGCUUGUGUAUAAUAUACAGAAACAUCAUACAUGCAAACUAAUUGCAGCGUGAAAACAAUAAACUGCAAACGAUAUGCGCAAUAAAAAAUUCAAACAAUGGAUAUGGAAGAUGCUAAAUGUAGAUUGCCAAACCAUACGAAGUUGAAAAAUGUAAAAUACGAUUUCCGCCACAUAUAUGGAAAUAUUUUACCGCAUAUAGUCACUGAGUAGAAAAAUUAAAAAAAAAACUAUGAAAAACAUGUGCAUUAAUUUGGGUGUACAAAAUAAAAAUGUGUGUGUUAAUAAAGAAUUUAAGAGCAAUAAAA